CCCUUUUUAAACGGACGCGGGAUCCAUCGUCGAUCCCAAGUUCCAGCCCGCGGACCCGCCGCACGAUCGCCAAAGCCCCCAAGCAAACAUGGCGUUGCGACCAGCGACCAUCCGCCUCUCCCCUGCUGCCGCCGGCGUGAUUUCCCGACCCACCACGCGUAGGAGCGCCGCCAGUGCCCUCCGCUUGGUCCCGGAUGGCUCUUGCAGGCGAGCAAGGAAGCUGCGAUUGUGCUGUGCUCCGGAGGACGACGAGUGGUGGGCGACGCCGGUGCGGCCGGAGGAUCUGGUGGAGCCGACGGGGCAUGGCGCGGAGGAGGUGAUCGCUAUACGAGACGCUCUGGUCGGGGACCCUCUCCGACCCGUCUCGCUCGCCUUCCAGGAGAUCGUGGCCACCGGCGGAAACAUCUUCCGCUGCCGCUGCUUCCACGCCGGCGUAAUGUCAGGUACCUUGCUUCUUGUGGCCGGUAUUUGUCAGCUCUACAAAGUGGCUCCAAACCUUUUCAUGGACAUCGUUCUUGCAUAUAUGUUCUACAAAUUGAGCGUUUUAGCAGCAGAGCUGAAAAGAAACGGGAAAGCUAACAACAUAUGUGCUCGGAUUCAGUGUGUUCUCAUGGCUAUUUUGUUCUACAAAUAUAACAAUCCUACCAAGGACUCUUACUACCACUUCACUGAGUUUAUCUGGGGCAUUACUAUCCUUGUGUAUUCAUGCACGGUGUACUAUGAAUGCAUUGGCCUCAAGCAUCCAAGACAUCAUCUGGAAGCAAUGUUCAAGACAAUUCUAACAACCAAAGGUGGUUUGAUAAAGGUGCUGAAGCGUUUGUACUGGGAGUUGAUAAAUUAGAGAGUAUUCACUUUCUCAAGACAAUGACAAGAAGUAAUUUUUGUAUGCACACUUGUACUUCAUUAACGAGAACAUAUGUUUCAGUGAAGUAUCUCCUAAAGAUUUCG